UCAUUGUAUGUAUGUUCUUUGUAAACACUUUAGUGAACUUAUGAUGUGCCCUUUUUUAAAUCAAAUUCCCAAUUUCUUUGAGUGCGUGGCGCAAAGUUAGCGCUGCUACAGUGGAGGCGGAAAGUUCAAAAUGGCUGUAAACGUUUACUCCACCAAUGUGACAUCUGAAAACCUUAGCCGACAUGACAUGUUGGCUUGGGUUAAUGAUUGCCUGUCAUCUUCUUUCUCCAAAAUUGAAGAGCUAUGCACUGGUGCUGCCUACUGUCAAUUUAUGGAUAUGCUCUUUCCCGGUAGUGUACCAAUUAAAAGAGUGAAGUUCAAGACACAGCUUGAACAUGAAUACAUUCAGAAUUUUAAACUUCUGCAGGCUGCCUUUAAGAAAAUGGUAGUAGAUAAGGUUAUUCCCGUAGAUAGGUUGAUAAAAGGUCGUUUUCAGGAUAAUUUUGAGUUCCUUCAAUGGUUUAAAAAAUUUUUUGAUGCAAAUUAUGAUGGGAUGCCCUAUGAUGCCCUUGAAGCUAGGGGUGGAUUAGGUCUUGGUAGUGGAGCCUGUGACAUGGUACAUCAAAGUGCUGUACCAGUUCCUUCAGCUCCAAGGCACACAGCCCCACGAGUUCCUACUAUGCAGCAGAGACAACCCAUGCGACAGCCUGUACCCACCAAAGCGGCGGCACCCUUGAGAGCUCCUACUAGACCCUCUCCUGGUUUGAACAGGGGAGGAGAUGCCUACAAGAUGGAAGAACUGAAUAUGGAGGUCAAAGAGCUAAAGUUGACAGUUGAAGGCCUAGAGAAGGAAAGAGAUUUCUACUUUGGAAAACUUCGAAACAUUGAAUUGAUGUGCCAGGAACAUGGCGAACAGGGUGAAGAGAUGCCUAUCUUGAAAAAUAUUCUGGAUGUACUCUAUGCCACUGAGGACCAGGAAGAACAGGAUGGUUUUGCACCUCCAGAGGAACUUGAUGGUGAUGUCCCACCUCCUCCUAAUGAAGAAGAAGAGUAUUGAAGUAGAAGUAGCCAGCAAGCUGGUGCCGCUGUUGUCAGCUCUCCCUUGUAAUUCAAUGUGAUGUCUAUAAUGUUGAAGAUUUUCACAUAAAUUUUAAUGUUGUCUGAGUCUAUUAUGUUUGGAACACAUUUUAUUAAUAAGUUUGUGUUGAUCAUGAACAGAAAUGGAUGAGUCUGUCAGUUGCAUUGCUUUGAAUGAUAUUCAUUUCACUAUUUAUUUUUUAUGCUCAUUAGAUAUCUGGAAACCGAAGUUCAAGUGCUAAGCUUUUGUGGGCUUUGUAGGUUCACAAUUUUAAUUUUCGUCUUGAAAGACAUUAUCAAUGCAAAUUUAGGACCCAAAAAAGCGAUUGUCUGGAGAUCUUCUUGUUUUAAAUUCAUCCCUAACAUUUAAUUUAGUAAUGCUUCUCACAGCUAUUCUGUACAUUAAUAAAGAUCAUGCUGACUACUAGUAUGAAAAUGUGGAAAAUUGUGCACACGUGGAUCUAACUUGUGUGCUUUAUGAAGGAUGUGUGUAAUCUAUUGUGGACCCUCAAAUUAACUUUUUAUGUACGCUAUAUUUUAAAUACCUUAAACAUUAUUAAAUAAUUUCCCCUUCUGUAAAA